GGCGCCCGCCACCAUUCCGUAUUCAUUCAUCUUUCCCGAUACCGUAUCUAGCGCAGUGGAGUUACUCAUGCUCUCCGUGUGCUCACUGGAGGUCAUAGCUCCAGCACGCACUUGAGCUCUCCUUCUUUCGCUUGACCUCCUUCUCCUCCCUCUUUCUUCUUCUCCUUCUCUUCACACUCCCAACACCAGACAUCAUCACAAUCACCAGCCUGUCGUGUCACCGUUGCUCAUCUUGUCAGUGACUGAGUACCACCCCUCACAGCCCCCUCCCAUUCUCUUACCCCCAGUCCACGAGACGAGAGCUUCGCCUGCUUUCUCUUCCCAACUCAGCUGACCGAGCCUAUCCGUUUAAAAGCACCCACCCACCCCCCACCUUCUCUACCCAGUGUCAUCUACAUCCACCCGUCACCUCCACAGCUACAGCUCUCACCGUUACAACCCACAACCAACACCUACCUAACUAAAUAACCCAACACCGCCAAAAUGCGCAGCAAGUUUAAGGACGAACACACCUUUGAGAAGCGCAAGGCUGAGGCCGAGCGCAUCCGUCAGAAAUACGCGGAUCGCAUUCCAGUUAUCUGCGAGAAAGUCGAGAAGUCGGAUAUCGCUACCAUCGACAAGAAGAAGUACCUCGUCCCCGCAGACUUGACCGUCGGCCAGUUCGUCUACGUCAUCCGCAAGAGAAUCAAGCUGUCCCCCGAGAAGGCGAUCUUCAUCUUCGUCGAUGAGGUCCUACCACCUACCGCGGCUUUAAUGAGCUCCAUCUACGAGGAGCACAAGGACGAGGAUGGGUUUCUGUACAUCACGUACUCUGGAGAGAACACCUUCGGCGGCGAGCCCUUGUAAUCUGCUUUCUUGUCAUUUCUUACUGCGUUUACGGAUGUGCACAUUCUAAACUGUUUGCUUCUACUGUUCGCGCGCGCCACUGUUGUCCCGUUCGUGUGUUUGUUCAUUUGUUUGUUCGUUCUUGGAAGGCGUUCUUGUAGGGAGAAUGGUGAGAAGAGAGACGGUGUGACGGCAUACCGGACACGAACAGAUAGGAGCUCCGUCUCGGGUUAUCGCAUUACCCUUACAGCUUUGUUCGUUGUUUAUAGCAAGCUUCGAGACGCUUCUCUUUUGUUCGCUGAAAUGCGUGUUUCGCGUGCCGCGGCGGAGGAGUUUGCCGGUUUACUGUUGCUGUUGCUGCUUGCUGUCUGUAUGUAUGUAAUCUGCGCGCGAAUGAUGAGAAUUUCGGUUCCUUUU